AAAGAAGGUGUCAACGGUGACUCUUGAUAACUGCAGUACAAAUGACAAUUUAAUCGGUGCUAUGCAAGAUAAGCUGCCUCUUUCCUUUCUCAUGCUAGGUGGUAAAUUGUUACAUAUGCGUUGUGCAGCACACAUCAUAAAUCUAAUUGUGAAAGAUGGAAUGUCUAUUAUGGAUGAGGGUAUUCAAAGGGUACGUGAUAGUGUUGGUUUUUGGUGUGCCACACCAAAAAGACAUGAACGCUUUGAACGCACAGCAGCCCAAGUGAACAUUAAGUAUGAAAAGAGGAUAGCUCUAGAUUGUAAGACAAGAUGGAAUUCAACUUAUCUUAUGCUUAGCACUGCACUACAGUACAUAACAGUUUUUGACCAUCUUGCAAGUAAAGAAAAGCUAUGUGCAUCAUUUAAGCCAACGCCAGAUGAUUGGGUAUUUGCUAGAGAACUUUGUGCUAGAUUAAAAAUGUUCUAUGAUGCAACCGAGAUUUUGUCAGACACUAAUUAUGUUACAGCAAAUCAUUUUUCCCUAAGAUCUGUGGCAUCUAUUUGGCUAUUGAGAAAUGGAGAACUAGUGAUAUUCCUAAGGUAGAAGAGAUGUCGGAUCUGAUGAAAUAUAAGUUUAAUAAGUACUGGACAGAUGUGCAUGGGCUUAUGGAAAUAGCUAUUGUUUUAGAUCCUAGGUACAAACUGAAAUUCAUGAAAGCUUUUUAUAACACCAUAUAUGGGGAAGACAGUCCAAGUAUAGAUAUUGAAGUUUCUAGAGUUAGAAGCUUGUUGUAUGAUCUAGUUAUGGAAUACCAAGGAUCUAUGGAAGGCAUGACAACAACUGAUGGAGUAGGUGCAACCAAUAGGAAUGUUGUCCUCAAUGAAGGAGAUGAUCUUGUCUUUGGCAUGUUUGACAAAUAUUUGUCAGAGGAAACUGAAGAAAGUUCAAACUUUGUGUGUACUGAAUUAGAUUUGUAUUUGGAGGAACUAACAAUGCCAAGAACUCAAGAACUUGACAUCAUUCAUUGGUGGCAAUAUGCCGGGGUUAAAUACCCAACUUUGAGAAAUAUAGCUCGAGAUAUCAUGGCAAUUCCUGUUACAACUGUGGCAUCUGAGUCAGUCUUUAGCACUGGGGGAAGGGUAAUUAGUCCACAUCGUAGUAGGCUUGCUCCAAAAACAGUUGAAGGAUUGAUGUGCAUGCAAGCGUGGUCACGUGCUGACAUGCUAGGUGAUAAAUCUUGCUUUAUUAAUGCAUUGAUGACUUGUUUGGAAGAUGAGGAGGAUGAAAUGGAUGAUCCUAAUAGUAUGAUAACUGACUGAAAAAUGGAAAGCAAGCAACAAGUCAACAAUCUACAUUCAGGU